CUGAGUCGGGGGCAUGUGCAAUAUGGUUUGGUACUGCUUUUGGCUGACUCACAAAGGAGAAACUGCACUACAGCUUUAGCUACAAGUGUUUAUAGUGAUGAAUCCUCUGGUGUAAACUCUCAGCCUAAUUGCUACUCAGAGUUUCUACCCUUUGGCAUUACUGUCUGCACUUUCUGUGGAUUGGCUUCAUCCUCACUGCAGCCCUGAAGAUCUAAACGUUUUGGACUUCUCUCUCCAAAUGAAGCAGCUUCAGCUAAGUAAACAGCAAACCAUGCAGAUAUGGAGGACAUGGAUCGUACUCAUUGGUUUGUGUGGCACAGUUUUACAUGGACAAAGCCUGAACUCUUUGCAUGGCACGGAUACAUACGUGGAAACCUCAUCUGAGUCACCUGAAUUGGAAACAGCAGCUGUUCGUCCACCAGGAGUUGAUACAGGAGUGACCUUGUUGGAUGCGUAUGCUUCCAGUGUGACCCUCCCUCCUGAGAAGAGUGAGGAUGAGCACAUCCAGAUGGAGGCAGAGGAGGAGAGGGAGCUUCAAGGAGUUGAUGUCAGGAAGCUGGAGGCUGGUAGAAGAAGAAGAGGUGCCUGGGGGAGGAAACACGCUGCCACAGUGGAGGCUAAUGCAUAUAGAAUAGCAGGGUUAGGGCAACCCCUGAUGGGCUGGAGGAAGCGAGGGAGAGGAGAGGUGAACAGCAGUCUAAUGGCUAUACUUAAGGAGCUUCACGCUCAAAAGCGGCGGCUGAUGGAUAGAAGGAAAGCACAAGAAGAAGAUGAUGAUGAUGAUGAUGAUGACGACGAUGAUGAUGAUGACACUGAUGAUGAAGAAGAGGAGGAGGAGGAAGAGGAAGAGGAAGAAGAGGAAGAAGAGGAGGAGGAAGAGGAAGAAGAGGAAGAAGAAGAAGAAGAAGAAGAAGAAGAAGAAGAAGAAGAAGAGGCAACUGAGGCUCCCAGCAAUCAGACAGAAACCCUCUCCAGCUCUACAGAGUCUCCUCUCAGCGAGUGUCAGACUGCUGACAGAGAGAUCAGCUGCAGGGGCCUCGGCAUGACUCGCCUGCCGAUCAUCCACAACCUGCUGGCCACAAAUCUGGACAUGGCAGAAAACAACAUCACAGUCAUCACCCCACAAGAUUUCUCUGGUGUGCCGAACCUGGACACACUGGACCUGAGCAAAAACCAACUGGAUGAUGAGUCGUUCAGCCAAAACCCCCUGUCUAACUUGACCUCUCUGAAGAAGCUGAACCUAGAUGGCAACAUGCUCACCAGGAUCCCGGCCCUGCCACCAUCUUUGGAGGAGCUCAAGACGAGCAACAACAAGCUCAGUGCACUUACCCCUAGCUGUUUCAAUGGUUUGAGUAACCUGUUGAAGCUGGAGCUGGAGGAGAAUAUCCUCCAUGAGGGCAGUGUGUCACCACAUGCUUUCAAGCCACUAGAGAGACUUGUGGACUUCCAGCUGAGCAACAACCGCUUCCGCUUCCUCCCUCUGGGCCUUCCUCCAUCGCUUCAGGAGCUGGAGAUGAGUAAAAAUCUUCUUGAGGAGGUGACAGAGGAGGCACUGAGGGGCUGCGUCCAUUUGAGAGUGCUGGACCUGAGUCACAACCUGCUGCAUGAGCAAAGCAUCGCUACCAACACCUGGAGCCAUCUCAAAUCCCUGGAGGCACUGGACCUGUCCCACAACAGGUUCACCUCUGUCCCAAUGAACCUGCCUCGCCAUCUCCACAAACUGAGCCUCCAACACAACAACAUCGGUCGUAUCGCCACCUUCACGUUCCGUCACAUGCAGUCCAGCCUACAGUCCCUCCGUCUGUCCCACAAUGCCUUGAGCAAUGAGGGUAUAGAACGAGUCUCUUUUGUUGGAUUGUACCGCUCGCUGACAGAACUCCUAUUGGACAACAAUCGUCUGGAGGAGGUCCCUCGCUGCGUUCGACAGUUUAAGAAUCUGCAGGUGCUGAGACUGGACAACAACUGGAUCAGGCUGGUGAGAGAGUGGGGAGUGUGCCACCCUCGUAACUCUGGCUCCACCUUGGCUUCGAUCCACUUGGAAAAUAAUCUGCUGGAGGUGGAGAGGAUUCCCCCUAACGCCUUCUCCUGUCUCACUAAUGCUCAGGGACUGGUCCUCUAUCCACAACAGGGGCAUUCAUAAGACCAAUAGACCACACAGUGGGACGGACAUACAGUACAGGCCAAAAGUUUGGACACACCUUC